GGGUCUCAACCAGAACGCCGUCGUCUGAACCCUGUCAUUGUUUUCCCCAUUCCUCCAAAAACACGCGGCAAUUCAAACCCAUCAGAAUCGCCACCACCACCUUCAAAUCACACUCUCUCAAAACCAGAAGAAACCCUAACAAUCCCAAUCCAAUGACUCCACGCGCCGAUGAACACGAAAAAGACAAUCUCUCCGCCACCGACGACGACGAUGACGAUGACUUCAAAGAGGACAUGGCUGCGAUUGCCCGAGCCUGCAUGAUCGCCGGCCACCACGCCAACAGCGACUCUGCCGCCGGUCCUAACCUCGACGUCCGUGCCGGUCAAAUUCCGGCGGAAGACCCGCUCUUGGACUCCGGCGACGCCAUCGUUCCGGUCACCACUGAUUCCGACGAUGAACAGGACGACCUCGAAUGUCUCAAAAGAGUGCAAAGCCUCUACCAGCCUUUGUCUUCUAUUCCGCCUCUGCCACCGCCGUUGACAGCCAAGUCGGAUGAUGACGACGUGGAUGAUUUUGAGACGGUUCGCGCCAUCAUGAAACGGUUUUCUAAGUACGGCGAAGGUCCACAUGAAGGAAAAACCAAAACAUUGCCUGAGGAGGAUCAGACAUCAAUACCAGAAUGUGAUGGUGACAUUGCUAAGGAUUCAAUCCAUUAUGAAUCACAUGGUGGUGACUUAUGUCCUGUUUCUCAGGAUCCUGAUGAGAUCACUGAUUGGUUGACUGAGAACAUGGAAGUACAGCAUUUUGAUUUUGAUGAGAGUUGUCAACCUGAUGCCUUCAAAUCAUCCAAAUUACCAAAGAAUAGAACAAGUUUUCCUCCUUCAGCUCAUGCUGUUGUUGAUGCUAUCCAGAAGAACAGGUCUUUGCAGAGAUUUCUUAGAAGUAAGUUGAUUGAGCUCGAAGCUAAAAUUGAGGAGAAUAAACAGCUAAGGAACAAAGUUAAACUUCUUAAGGACUUCCAGCUUUCUUGCAUUAGAAGAACAGGGCAUGCGUUAUCGCUGAAAAAGGAUCCACGUGUUCAGUUAAUAUCAGCCAAAAAAUCUUCUGCUCCAAAGAAUUCAAAGAGCCAUAAAAAAGUAUCUGCAAUGUGUUGUGGCCCGGAGGAGAAUUCUCGUGUCGCUAAUUAUAAGAUGGUACUGGAAAGAUUUCCGCUUUCAUUGGAUAGGAAAAAAUGGUCUAAUGUAGAAAGAGAAAAUCUUUUGAAAGGAAUUAAGCAACAAUUCCAAGAAAUACUGCUUCAAAUUUCUGUAGAUAGAAUAAGUUCAGAAUGCUCAUUUGGAGAUGCAAAUGACUUGGAUGGCAUAAUUUCAUCUGUUAAAGAUCUUGAAAUUACACCAGAGAGGAUUAGAGAAUUUUUACCUAAAGUUAAUUGGGAUCGGUUAGCUUCCAUGUAUGUUGUUGGCCGUACUGGUGCUGAAUGUGAAUCAAGGUUGGGUAUUAAAAUGCUCUAUCGAUCCAUCCGUUUUUUUUGGGGGUGGGGGAAGAGGUGGUUGAAUUGUGAAGAUCCUUUGAUCAACCAAGGCACAUGGACUGGUGAAGAGGAUAGGUCUCUUUUGCUUCUUGUCCAAGAUAUGGGCAUCAGGAACUGGUUUGAUAUUGCUGUAUCAUUGGCCACAAACAGGACUCCAUUUCAAUGCUUGGCCCGAUAUCAACGGAGCUUAAAUCCUUCCAUGCUCAAUAGUGAAUGGACUGAGGAAGAAGAUGCUCAACUCUGUUCUGCUGUGACAUUUUUUGGUGAGAACGACUGGCAGUCUGUGGCUUCAGUUCUAGAACGGCGAACAGGAACCCAGUGCUCAAAUAGAUGGAAAAAAUCCCUCUGUCCCGAGAGGAAAGGAAGCUUUACUCAAGAGGAGAAUAUACGCUUAACUGUAGCUGUCAUGCUUUUUGGACGGAAAUGGAAUCAAAUAGCCAAGUUUGUUCCUGGCCGGAUCCAAUCUCAGUGUAGGGACAGAUACCUCAACAGUCUGGAUCCUUCUUUGAAAUGGGGAGGAUGGACUGAGGAAGAGGAUUUAAAAUUAGAAGUUGCAAUUGCAAAGCAUGGAUAUUGCUGGUCUAAGGUAGCUGAAGAAGUGCCUCCCCGUACUGAUUCUCAAUGCCGGAAGAGAUGGAAGGUGAUAUGUCCUGAACAAGUGCCCUUGCUUCAAGAAGCAAGAAAGAAGAAAAAGUCUAUUGUUGCCAAUAACUUUGUUGAUCGAGAGUCUGAACGCCCAGCCCUUACACUGGAUGAUUUUCUACCGUUACAUAUGUUAGCUCCUAAAUCUAGCGUUGGUGCUGCUCCGAAUCACUGGAAGAAGCGCAAGAGGAAGUCAAGCAAUGUUUCCAAGAAAAUGAGAUCUAGAAAACGUGUAAAAAAAGCUCGACAUACUGAGGAAGUACAAGAUGUAGGGGUACAUAGUGAUGAUCAGGUCAAGAAUUGUAGUGAAGAAGUACCAGGUUUUGCUAGCAAGGUUCCUGAGAAAAUGAGGUCUAAAAAACAUGCAAAAAGGACGCAAAUUCAUCCCAAUGAAGUAGAGGAUACAGUACAGGGUGUCAAGGUCAAGACUUGUGUCGAGAGUUCAGAGAGUCAAUCUACCAGUAAUGAGAGUUCUGAAAAUCAAGAUUGGGACAACGUAACUCUUGCAUGUUUUAUACAAAACAAAUCGAAAAAGAAGCUAUCUAAAUGUACCAAAACUUUGAGUCAAGCUUCCCUUUCUCCUAGGACUACAGUUGUAUUUAAGGAGGCUGAUAAUCAAAUCCCAUCUGGUGAGCAAGUGGGGUUGUCUCAGUCAUUUGAUACUACAGAUGGUACUAAAGAUUUGUUCGUGCAGCAGAAUGUUGGUUCUGACAGACGAGUGGGAAAACCAGAAGAUGCAAACACUUUGACGGGUGACGAAGAUGAUCCGCCUCUUGUGUCCCUUAUGGGAAACAAACCAAAGAAAAGGAGUCAAGCUGCUAAAGGACGUGGUGCAUUCUCUUCUUCCAAAUUGAAAAAGGGAUCUGCAUUACCAUGUGACGAGCAUUGUGCAAACAAGCCAAUCAUCAUCAUAUCUGACGAUGGUGGGCCGUCAAUGUCCAAGCAUGUUGAAGAGGAGACUGUUUUGCAUGGUGGUGUGGCUGAACACACAAACAAUAUGGAAGAAAAAGAUGAAAUCCUUUCUUCUUUCUUGCAAAACAGGACACAGAGACAGCGGAAACGACCUAGUAGGUAUUCUUAAAGGUGAUGUCAAUGAUCCAAAUUAUGUGGGCUGGUAUACUUUUUCUGGGCAAUUGGGCAGUGGCUAAGCCAUGUAAUUAGAGGGCCGUACUAACUUUUUGGUAAUUUAAAGCCCGCAUUGCCAUGAUCAUGAAUUUCAAGUAAUUUUAGGUACAGUUAGUUCCGAGAUACGGACAAUGGAAAUGGAAUUAUGCUGAGCUUGGGCCUGUAUGCAGAUUUUCGGCCUGGUGCACCAUGUAAACUGGCAUAGUGCAAGAAUUCUGUUGUCAUUUUGUAUCUUUUGUUUAAAAUCAUGAGUGUGAAGUGUCUAGUUU